CAAAUGUUUCUUUAUAUGAGACUCCCCAUGGUCCAGGGCCACAGAGGCUGGGCGGGGUAACAAGGUGGCUCUGGAGUACUCCUGCCACCCUGUUCCCCAUGGAAUUACAGCGCCGUGCUGCGGACUGGCUGCCCCUCUGAGCCCAGACCUACUGUUACCUCUCUCCAAGUGUCCAGCCCUCCCUCUCUGGGGUGACCCCAAGGGCUGUGGGGAAGGCGAUCAAGGAAAGAAGUAAGCAGCAUCUAUACAGCAGGGUGUCAGGAGGGGUCAUGCAACCUGGUGGGAGAGAGGCUGGGAAGAAUCAAUUCACCUGGACAGGAAAAAAGAGGAGGCUGUAAGGACACCAGAGUUCUUCCCCAUGGCUUUUUGUGCAGUGCAGACCCAGGGUCUUCACAGGCCCAUGGUUCUGUUCACAGUGGCCUCGAUUUAUAUGUUUGCUGCAUCCUUCCUCCCUGCUGCAGUAUCCACAACCUGCCCUGUACCAUGCUCUACCCUUGGCUGGUGCCAGAGCCGUGUCCUUGGCCAUGUCCUGCCCUUGGUUCUACUCUCAGCCUCUCCCCAGCAGCCUGCUCUCCUCAGAUUGCUAUUUGACAGAGGAAGACUUAACCUUUCCGUGUUUCCUCGCAGCUUUAAUUUUCCCAGCUCACAUGGCAGGAGAGGUGGGUGGCUCUUGGCACUCUGUAAAGGGAUCAGUAUUGUUUCCUUGGUCUCACAGGAAGAGGCUGCCCUCGGUCUGGCAGUGACCCUGCGGAAAUGAAGGCCCAUGAGCUGUGCCACCUCUGCAUGCCAUGAGGGUUGUACAAUUGUUACUGCUUGUGCUCCUUCGUUAGCGCUUGGGUCAAAGCAGGGCAUUGUCUCUGCUCAGGUCUUUGGUGCUUGGCUGGGGGUGCCCACCUCCCCAUGUGCCAUCACAGCAGCACUGCUGGACAGGGAGGAGCGACCGGGGUACGAUCCUAGUGCCGGAGUGGACUAUGGCCUCCAAGCAGGUCUCACGGUCAUGCUGCAGGAGAUGUUAGAAAGGCCAGCGACAGUGUGGGCAGCCCUGGGGUGGGAGAUGCUGAAGAAACCUGCGCUGGGUCUGCUGCGCUGCCAGUGGGGCAGGGAGCCAGGGGAGCAUGAGUGGGCUGUUUGUGAGGAGAGCAGCGUCAGCCUGGCCUUGCACGGGCUUCCUGCCCAGGUGCUCUCUGCUCACCCUCCUGCUCCAGGGUUGUCUGGAAACGUGGCUUAAGGGGAGGGACCUGCGUGGGCACAGCGGGUGCCGUGAAUGCGCCGGUCCCUUCCAGCAGGCAGCAGCACAGCAGAGCUCUGCUCCUCGGCCUGAGACACCACUGCACCCAGUGCUCUCACUGCACUACCUGGAGAGUGAGGGGCUGCGCCCGCUGCUGCCUGGUUGCUGCGCUGUACAUACCAAGGAGUACCAGGUGAGGGAUGCUCUAGGAUCGUGUUGGAGACACACAACCUUCAGGCUGUGCUCCGCAGUGGCCAGACAUGGCUAGCUCGGCACUGGGAACCAUCCUUGCUGUUCUGGCCUCGCUCAUCAUCACUGCCAACGUACUGGUGGCCAUCGUCCUUCUUCGCCUCAUCCAGAAGAGUGGCUACAAGGGACACUAUUUUGUCCUUAAUCUCGCUGUUGCAGAUGCCAUGGUUGGCUUCACGGUCACGGGUCUGGUCAUAGAUGAGUUUUCCAAGCCCUUUUAUCCGCCUCACAUCUUCUGUGUCCUGCGGAUGGCUUUUGUGACUUCCUCUUCUGCUGCUUCUAUCCUGUCCUUGACUCUUGUUGCGUGUGACAGGCACUUGGCCAUCAGAAAGCCUUUCCACUAUUUGCAGUUGGUCACAGGCUUGCGGGUUGGGGUGCAGCUGGUGGGGCUCUGGCUGCUUGCUGCUAUCAUUGGCUUCCUCCCAGUCUUUGCCCCGGUCUUUCAGAAGAUCUCUGCCCAGGAAAAGUGUUCCUUCUUUGGAGUUUUCCACCCCACCUACAUGCUCACUGUCUCCUGCAUCGGCUUCUUUCCAGCACUGUUUCUCUUCAUUUACCUCUACUGUGACAUGUUGAAAAUUGCCUCUGUGCAUGUGCAGCAUAUCCGUGAAGUAGAACACGCAGGGCUGGCUGGGAGCUGCCCCCCACCCCACACCACUAGUGACAUGAAGGCCAUGCGCACUGUGGCUAUCCUCAUCGGGUGCUUCGCGCUGUCCUGGUUGCCGUUCUUCAUCGCCAGCAUCGUGCAAACUGUGUGUACCGAGUGCUUCCCCUACAAAGUCAUUGAGAGCUACCUCUGGCUGCUGGGACUGUGCAACUCCCUCCUGAACCCCCUGCUCUACUCCUGCUGGCAGAAGGAUGUGCGGCUGCAGUUCUCCCAACUAGCUGCCAGUGUAAAGAGGAGAAUCCUCCUUCACUUGGGCAAUCGCCACCGUUUCCCUGGUACAGGCACCAAAUCCCUUCCUACCGUGUCCUGCUUGCGGCUCCAGGACUGACGUGGUAAGGAGUAGCAAUCACUGGCUUUCUGGGUUAUCUCCUCCACCACAACCAUGAACUCGGGGCCCACCAGCUGUGGAGGAGAUCAUGGACAGGGUGGGACAGGUCUGGAUGCCAAUUCCCAGACACCAGCACGGCCAGCAUAGCUGGUUUUGCACCAGCUCCAGGGCAGCCCAAAUUGCAGGUGCAUAGCACGUGUUAAAUUUUGCUUGGAGAGCCUCAGCAAGAACAGCCUUGUGUCUGCUGGGACCAAGCCCUCAGCACCCACUCCACAGGCUAAGAUCCUUCACCUUUUGCUGCCUGGAUUCCCCAGCCCAUACCUGGGGUCCUUCUGCACUCCCCUCUGCCUGCAGAGCCAGCUGUCUGGGUCAGGUCUCCCGGCACCUGGGGCAGGGCUGCUCUCACUGUGUUGGCUUUGUUGCCCUUGGCCCCUUGGCCAGAUGCAGUAGAGACUGGGAGAUGUGUGCGCAUCCUAAAUCUGUCCAGGACCACAUGUGCUCCCAAUCACUGCCCUAUUUAAACUCAAAAUCCUACAGAUGCAGUCUGGGCUGUCCCCUGAUUGCAAUCAAUUCUGCAUCUGGAGAGGUGGCAGGCUCAUCCCUCCCCCAGGCUGCACCCACCCCAGGCAGAGGUGAGGGGUAUGGGCCCGGGGUCUCUGCUGUGGUGCCGGGCAUGCAGUCUGGGGACUGCUGUUCUUCAGCAGCAGCUGUACCUGCACCAGAGCAAGUGCUGAACAGCCCCAGGCACUGCAUGCCUGGGAGAAGUGCAGGGCAGCACACGUUGUGCUGUCACUGUUUGGCUUGAGCUGUAAAGCAAGUUAAUGAGUAACUGACUGAAUGCUGAGCUUUAACAAAGGAGCAGGAGGAAGAACUUGGAGACAGGGAAAACCCUGUGCAGAAGGGCUGCUUUGUCCCACCAAGGCUGUAGGAUUGGUUAUGGGACUGCAAAGGUCCCUCUAUGCUGGCUCACGAGGUGGGUGCACACCACUUGUGGAAGUCGUCUCACACUGUGGUGAUGGCCAGACUGCUGGCCCUGCUGGAGGCUAUAACAUUUAAUUGCUUUUUUGUUAAACCACAUCCAUUUAAUCCACAUAGUAAUAAAUUUUCCCUUAAAAGAGGUUUCUUAGCUAAGAACUCACUGUAAUCUGAAGAUGAGGAUGCAAUGCAUAAAAUAGCAGUUGCUUCUACCUCUGUCACUUACCCUGCUAGUAGAUAGGAAGGCUCAAGGCCAUAUCCUAUAUGCGUGCAGAACCUGCCUUGGUUCUGAGGCCAUCCCCAUACCAGAGGAAGAGAAAAA